AUGUCAUGGUUGGAAUUUUUGAAAUUGGGAUUAGAAGCAAUGGUAGAUAAUGACCUUAGUGCUAUCAUGAAACUUGAGAAGACAGAUUUAGAAUAUUACAAGCAUUUGAAGGUAAGACGUACAAUCCAAGCAGGAUCAGACUCUGAAUCUGGUUCAGAUGAUGAUGAAGAAGAAGAAGAAGAAGAAGAGGAAGAUAGCGAUGACGAUAAUGAAGAGAACGCAUAUAGUGAUUCGAGUAGUGAAGAUGAGUAUGAAAACUUGGUGUCUUCAGAUGAUGAACACGAGGAAAACAGACCUGCUCCAAUGAUUGAAGAAGAGUAUAAUCCGUUUGCAGAAAAUGAAACUGUGGAAAACCAUCCAGUUGGGGAAGAAGAUGUUACUGAGAGUUGUGAUGUUGGAUUUAAGAAAUUACCGAUGUUGGUUAGUCAUAUCUUACCAUCAUUUUUUUCAGCAUAUGCACUCAACCCAGUUUCUAAGAAUGCACAACGUAAUAUUGUUAUUCCAGAUGAUAUAGACUUAACUACUGAACUUUGUUCACCAGAGUUUGUAUUGCAGAAUUUUGAUACCGAUGUAUCGGAUAAUUAUGAUUUGUUCUUAUCCGAAGAAGAGCAAGAAAUUGAUCAACCAUUGAUUCAGUUGACUAGUGACGAGCAAAAUGAAAGUAAAAGGGAAAGGUUGGAAAGAAUUAAAGAUGAUCCUUAUUAUAUUGAAGACUCGAUCAAACCAAAGAAGAAAACCAAAUCCAAGAAAAGGGCAUCUGCUAGUGUUAGUCCAGAUACUCAAAGUGAUAUUAUUUCAAUUUCAACCAAUGAAACCAAGCAAAAGUCUAGCAAAAAAACAUCCAAAUUGAAAAAGGAAAAAGUGCUUAUUUUGGACGAAGAAACUGUUGCAGGAAGUCCUAGCAUUGACACACCUUUGGAAUCUAUUAGCGUUAAACCAAAGAAGAAAUCAACAAAGAAGAAUAUGUUGAAAAUUGAUUCUUCGAAUUUGGACAAUUUUGAUUUGAAUGUAAAUGACAAUGAAGUAACAACACAGAAUGACAACGAAUAUGAAAUAGAUUUGGAAGCUCUUCGUGAAAAAUUAAAUCAAACUUCAUUAGCAGAAGGAGCAGAAAAGAAGAAAACAAAGAAAAAGAAGACCAAGAAGUCAGUUGAAGGAGCUAAGGUAACUCUUGAAGGAGAAGCUAUUGCUGUUAAGCCGAAGAAAACGAAAAAGAAGAAGAAGGCGGUCAUUCUAGAAUAA